GCUGCGUGUGUAUCAGGGACGGGCUGCUGCUGCUGCCUCGGUUACAUAUUUACUGAGAAGUGGGGGAAAGUUUCUACUGGGACAGGAGGGCGGCACAGAAUGGAGAAAUAAGGAGGGGUGGGAGUAAGAAAAUGGAAAAAGAAGAAAGUUGAUGUGGAGAGGAAGAGAGGGGAGAGGAGUGAGCGGCUGAAGUGAGGGAGGGAGACUUGGGAAGACGGGGAAGGGGUGAGGGAAAGCUGGCUGACUGCCUAUAGACCCUGUUGGCGCACAUUCCCGGGGCACAGAUGGGGGAAUGCCGCUGAUGUUACAGACUUGGCCUAGAACGGUCGCUGCUUUUCGCCAUGUGUCACCGAACGGGACCCAACUGGGCUUCUCUGGGCCGGGACCCGGCAGCUCUCAGCAGAGCAUAAGGGCAGGGGCUGUGUGGGCCAUACCAACUCAUGGAGACAAAGGGGGGCCCCAGGGAUACGCUCUGCGCACUGCAGUCCCUACAGGAUUGUGACCAAGAUGGCAGCAGAGGUGAAUAUGAGGGAAUGUCUCCCUCAUAAAAACAUAGUGAAGAGGCAAGUAAAGAAGGACAACAUGAUUCUGGAAAGGACAAGCAAUGAUUAUACAGACAAAGGGAAGCCAGUGGCUGGGGAGAUGGAGCCAACCAUGGGAACUUCUGUACUACAGAGUAAAGUAAAAGCACUGAAGCAAAAGCACAAGGACUUAAGGAUAUCAGAAUUUCCUAAAGGUAAAGACCCCUUGGAAGAUACAUUAAAUGUUCCGCAGCUUCGUACUUACCUAACAGAAGAUACUUUGAACUACACUGAGCAUGGAAAGUUACCUUGUGUUAAUCAGGAGUCCUGGGGUACUGAGAAUGUUUAUGGGUCCUCCAGCUCACUUAGAACUAUGUGGGAUGUUAGUAAUGAAUGUGAGAAACUUUGUGAUUUUACUGAGCUGCUGAAUUACAGCCAGAAUAAAGCUGAGAGCAAUGCACAGAAAUGGCCACAAGACCACCUAAGAGAAUUUCCCCAUGAGCUGUUAGGUUCUUCACACACUGAAGAUGACUUAAGCUUUAAGAGUUCCUCAAUGAGUUUGGCUGAGAGAGUUGAGCGGAAUAGGCAGGAACUGAGGUGGAAAUUCAAUGGCUCACCAUGCUUCGGUGGAGAAACCAGUCAGGAGAGCAACCAUGGACACACAUCCAGACAGGACAGCUGGCUGGUUCCUGGGGCUGAUGCAGACUGUGACUCAGGAGUGUCUCUGCCUGACCCAGAGGGCAACAGGGAGCUGAGCAUCCGUCACGAACAGGCCAAACAGCUGCUGCACAGAGCACGGAUGAAAGCAAAAGGGGCCAGUCCCCUGCGCGCCUCUCACUGUGUCCUUCCACAUGCACUAUCACAGCUUCCACAGCAACGUGGUCCCUGUGUAUCUGGUGCUGUGACUGAUGGGGGCUCUUUAAGUGACAGUUCUGGCAGCGAUCAUUGUUCUUGGCAUCGAAGCUCACGGGGAUCUUCACCCUCUCAUGUGCGAUUUCAAGAUGAAUCAGAGCGUGAUGUGGAGGAGCGUUACCGAGAACGUCAGCAGCAGGGUCCUCCAUCAGCCGGUAUCUCCCCAACCACACCACCAGCUCGCCGCUCCAAUGGUCACGUAUCUUGGACACAGCAUCUGGUACCUUUUGGAAAUGAAAACCAAUGUGGAACUUGUGGCUCUUAUAUUAAGGGCUCAGGAGUUCAGAGACAGAAUCUGGAGGCUUAUUCUGCAGGGUCAAACCUAUGGAACGUUCACUUAGGCUCUAGAAUAUCUCAGGAUGGAUCCAUUAACUCUCCCUUGGGAACCAAACCUUCUCCUCACUGGAUUCUUCCAUCACAGCCAUGGAGAGUCCAUUCUGAACUCAUCCGAGAGACCCAUAUUGGAGGUGAUUCCACUGCCGACUCAUCUGGGGAAGACGAGGUCAACAGGGCACAGAAAAAAUCCUGUCGCACUUUGGGUCCUCUUAGGAGUUCCAAAAAUAAACAACAUAAUGUAGAGCCUGGUUCUGGAGCAAGGACAUCUUUGCCACAGUCUGAAAUAAAAAGCAGCACGUCAGCUCUGAUGAUAGAUCCCAGAACAAAAAUAAGUGAAUCAAAUCCAGAAACAGAGACUGCAGUGCUGGGAAAUCUACAUAAUACAAAUAUAAAACUUGAGAAACAAGUUGCUGUUCAUUACACUGAACCUAGAACAACAUUAAAUCCCACAAAUGCACCUCUGAAGUUUGGAAAUGAAUGCCUAGAUGCCAGCCCAAAUCCAGGUGCCCUCACAAUUCAUGGCCAUGUGCCAGUUCCUCCUGCUGGGAAAGCUCCUUCUGCUGGGACACCACGAUCUGGCAGAUUUGCAGUGCGUUCUGAGGGAGCUUUUCAUCAUCUACCAGUAGGGACUUCUCAUGGAGAAAACAUGGAACAAGUAAUUGUGAUUGAGAAGGGCAUACCAUCUGAUACUGUGCCAAAAAAUAAAAAUCAAGAGAAGCUCAGGGUUUCUGACAUUCAUCCUUUGUCAUUAUCUGAAAUUAAAAUGAAGGAGGAAGGCAGAGAGAGAACUCAAAAAGUGAAAAAAUUGAUAAAAAAGGAGAAGCCAAAUGAGAGACAGGAGCAGAGGAACCUAGAGGGUCCAGAUGUGACAAACGGACAAGCUGAAAGUGAGAGAGCUCACAAGUCUCUUAGACAAAGGUACUCUGACAGAAAAAAUGCAUCAAAGGAGCAGCGCAACACUGAAGUGACUCAGACCAGCGGGGAUCAUGCAGACAGGGCAGUGUCAGACCUAUUAAACCAUCACCUGGUAAAGGAGAUAAAUAAUGGGAAAAGGGAACAUAUAAAUGCACAGAGGAGCUUCACAGGGGGAGACGUACAACAUGAGAGCACAGAUUCAGUAGAUGUCAGUGCCAGCGAGGUGGGCUCUGCAUUCUGUGGCGCAACUCUUGAACACCCAGUGCACGACAGGCAAUUGGAUCAGGAAUCAGGAGAUGUAAAUCAGUGUGUCACCCACAAGAGUUCAAUGCAGCCUGCAGCAAGGAGAGGUGACAUCCGUAGUGGAAUGAAGAAAAUCUUAUCAUCCUUUGGCCUGGCCUCCCGCCCCAAGCUGGAACGAUUCCAGUCUUCCAGUUUAGAGCAGAUCUUUACACCAGCUGCUGGGAGCUCAGGCGCCUGCGUUGGGGGCAACAAAGAGCGAUGUGAAGAUGCAGGGAAGGAUGGCAGGCUGAAGAAGAGUCCUUCACUGCAGUCACUAAAACUGGUGACACAAUUUCACUUACCACGGAAAGCAUCCUCAGUGCAGAACCUGCUGGGAAAAUCAGAGCGAUCUGCUGUCUACCUCACGGAAGAUGCCAACACGGCACCUAGGCGCGCACUGAGUGUGGAAGACAUUGGAUCCCCUGGUAUGCCAAGGGUGCUGGGGCGCGUAGCUGAGGUGUACCCUGAUGGAACCCGCCUUUUACAGCUUCAGCGCCCCCCACAAGGCAGUUUUGGCUUCAGUAUUUCAUCUGUAAAUGGACGUCCAGACUCAGGUAUAUACGUGCAAGAGAUGAGUGAUGCCAGCACUGCCAAGCUUUUUUCCAGCCUGCUGCGCGUGGGAGAUGAGAUUCUGGAGUUGAAUGGUACCAAAGUGUCGACUAUUGCACAUGAGCAGCUGAGCAAGAUUAUGGACAGGGAGUCCACGUUGUCUCUGCGAGUCUUGCAUCAGAGAAGGACCAAGUGCUAAGAGACAGCACUGCAUUCUGGGAGAUCCCACGGAAAAGCUUUGUGGUACUUUAUCUUUUGACAGAGGUCAGCGCAGAGAACAAUCUUCACUAUAUUCUCAGCAGGCUCAGCGACGGAAAUGGGUCAGCAGCAGUUUAGCAGUCGGUACAUGUCUCUUAUGAUAAAUGAUUUCAGUAUUCUAAGCACAUGGAUUCCAGGUUGGCCUACAGACUAAGUAUAUUUUUAAACCAUCUGUUUACCAAGUGAUUUUUCAUUUUGCACUCAUGACACCAGUUUGUUUAAAAGCAGAAAUGUCUGGUGGUUGGUCCAGUCACCCGUGUACCUGAGGGAUAAGUCUGCUGCACAAGUUAGGAAUCUUUCUGUUUAUCAGUAUUAAACUGUGGAGCGGACAUUAUUCUCUAUGCCUUGCACAGCUCACAUUGUCAAAUGUCCUUGUGUAUUUAUGAAUAUAUGGCUUCUCACUGCCUAUUUAAUUUUAAUAUAUUAAAUAUCUUUGUAAUUUACAAUA